AUGACUGAUCCUAUUAAAGUUAAUAAGCCAAAAUCUUCAAUGAAGAUAGAAAAUGCUCCUACUCCACAUAAUACCCCUGCAGGUAAUAUGGAAUUUUUUAAAAAUGGUAAUCCGAUGAAGGGCAAUAAAUCCAACAAUUCAAAUGCUGAUUCAAAUGAUGAUUCAAGUAACGAUUCUAAGCCUCAAACUAUCAACGAAGAAGAUAUCAAGACUGUUUUAUCUAACCAGCCAUUAUUAUUACAAUCUAUUCAAGAAAAAUUAGGAUCUUUAAUUGGUCAAGAUAGUGGAUACGUAGAAAACUUGCCAAAGGUUGUAAAGAAUAGAAUAUAUGCAUUAAAAUCAUUACAGACCGAUUUGUUCCAAAUUGAAAAAGACUUCCAGGUCGAAAUGUUCGAAUUGGAACAGAAAUACCUAACUAAGUAUGCUCCUGUUCAUUUACAUCGUAAACAAUUGAUUGUAGGUGAAAUCGAACCAACAGAAGAAGAAAUCAACAAGGGUAAAGAAUUAGAAGAUCUAGAAAGGGGUGAGGAUGAAGAAGCAGAGGAUGAAGAAGAAGAAGCUGAAGAAGAAGAAGAAGAAGACGAAGGUGAAUACGAAGGUGUUCCAUCAUUUUGGUUAACUGCAUUAGAGAACUUACCAGUUGUAUCGGAUACUAUAACUGACCGUGAUGCUGAAGUAUUGGAAUAUUUAACUGACGUCAAAUUAGAAUAUUGUACUAGCGGUAAACCUGGAUUCAAAUUAAUUUUUGAAUUUGAUGAUAAAGAGAAUCCAUUUUUCACUAACAAAGAGUUGGUCAAGACAUAUUACUAUCAAAGCGAGUUAGGAUAUUCCGGAGAUUUCAUUUACGACCAUGCGGAAGGUAAUGAAAUCAAAUGGGUUGAUAAUGAAUCCAAUGUCACUGUGUCGGUUGAGAUGAGAAAGCAAAGAAAUAAGUCUACCAAGCAAGUACGUACAAUUGAGAAGAUCACACCUAUUGAAUCCUUUUUCAAUUUUUUUGACCCUCCAAAGAUUGAUGAAACCCAUCAACACAGUGCAGAAUGUGAAGGUGGAGAAGAAGAGGAAGAAGAAGAAUAUGAAGAUUUGGAACAAAGGCUAGCAUUGGAUUACUCUAUUGGUGAACAGAUCAAAGAUAAAUUAAUUCCUAGAGCGGUUGAUUGGUUUACCGGAUCAGCAUUAGAAUUUGAAUACGAUAAUGGAGAAGAAGAAGAAUUUGAAGAUGAAGAGGAUUACGAUGAAGAUGAAGAGGAAGAGGGAGAGGAAGAAGAAGACGAUGAUUUUGCUGGUAAGAAGGAAGAAGCGCCAGAAUGUAAACAAUCAUAA